GUCAGAGUAAGACUGAGCACCCUGUGCAUGUGGCCUGUGUAAGUUAGCGGUGGAGACAAACCUGGCCUCGAAGGACAGCCACUGGGUCUUUGUAAAUGAGGAAAUCAGCGACUCUGAGAUUUUGGAGCUCGUUCACAGCGCUCUGGGACGCAUGACAGUGGUCCGACAAGUCUUUCCUGCCUCCAAGGAUUCGAAUCGUAGAUGCAUGAGAAACAACCAUCGCAUUUCCUCAUUGUUGUGUGAUCCACAGGAAGGCUACCUGCAAACAUUACAGACAUCCAACCUGUACCUGUAUGACAGUGUCCUGUUACUAGCCAGUGCUUUUCAUAGAAAGCUUGAGGACCGGAAAUGGCACAGCAUGGCAAGCUUGAACUGCAUGAGAAAGUCUACUAAACCAUGGAAUGGGGGCAGGUCCAUGCUGGAAACUAUUCAAAAGGGUCGGAUUCAUGGACUUACAGGAGCUAUGGAAUUCAGAGAUGAUGGAUCAAACAAUAAUGUUCAUUUUGAGAUCCUUGGCACCAGUUUUAGUGAAACCUUUGGAAAAGAUGUUCGAAGGUUGGCACUGUGGGAUCCAGUGAAAGGACUGAAUGGGAGUCUGCAGGAAAGACGUCUGGAAAGUGACAUGCAAGGAGUCACUCUGAAAGUAGUCACUGUUCUGGAGGAACCGUUCGUGAUGGUGGCUGAAAAUAUCCUGGGUCAGCCGAAACGUUACAAGGGCUUUUCAAUUGACGUUCUUGAUGCCCUAUCGAAGAACCUUGGUUUCAAGUAUGAGAUUUAUCAAGCCACAGACCAUAAAUAUGGGAACCAAAUUCCCAAUGGCUCCUGGAAUGGAAUGAUUGGUGAAUUGAUUAAUAAACGAGCAGAUCUUGCAAUAUCAGCUAUAACUAUCACUCCAGAACGAGAAAGUGUUGUAGAUUUCAGCAAGCGGUACAUGGACUAUUCCGUUGGAAUCCUCCUAAGAAAACCAGAAGAAAAGAUUAACAUCUUCUCCGUCUUUGCCCCCUUUGACCUGGCAGUCUGGGCUUGUAUAGCAGCAGCGAUCCCUGUGGUGGGAGUCCUGAUCUUUGUGCUCAACCGGGUGCAGUUGAUCCGAGCACAAUCCCCCACGAAACCUCAGACUCCUACUUCUAACUCCAACACUCUGCACAGUGCCAUCUGGCUUGUCUACGGUGCCUUUGUUCAGCAAGGUGGGGAAUCGGCCAUGAACUCUGUUGCCAUGCGAAUAGUGAUGGGUAGCUGGUGGCUUUUUACACUCAUUGUGUGUUCGUCGUACACAGCAAACCUGGCUGCAUUUCUCACUGUCUCCAGAAUGGAUAAUUCAGUGCGAUCCUUCCAAGAUCUGGCAAAACAAUCUGAGUUAUUGUAUGGUACAGUAAAAGACUCAUCCGUCUACGAGUACUUUCAAGCCAAGGGAACAAACCCGUUGGAACAGGACAGCACUUAUGCUGAACUCUGGAGAACUAUCAGCAAAAACAGCGGAAUGGAAAACUGUGUAUCCAGUGCUUCUGAAGGAAUUAAAAAGGUAAAGAAUGGAAAUUAUGCUUUCCUGUGGGAUAUGGCUGUAGUGGAAUAUGCUGCUUUGACAGAUGAUGAUUGUUCAAUGACGAUUGUUGGGAAUAGUGUAAGCAGUAAAGGAUAUGGCAUUGCCCUGCAACAUGGAAGUCCCUAUAGGGAUCUCUUCUCGCAGAGGAUCUUGGAGCUGCAAGAAAGUGGAGACCUGGAUGUGUUCAAGCAGAAAUGGUGGCCGAAGAUGGGCAGAUGUAAUCUGCAUAGCCACACUAAUGCCCAGCCAGAUGGACGGGCUUUGAAACUACAGAGUUUUGCAGGCGUUUUUUGCAUCCUGGCAGCAGGCCUUCUCCUCGCCUGCCUUGUGGCAGCCUUAGAAAUCUGGUGGAACAGCAAUAGAUGCCGUCAAGAAACACCAAAGGAGAUUUCAACGAACCUUCGAACCCAUGUUCAAGGGGUUGAUUCCUCGAACGAGAUUGAUGUCAGGCCUGAAACAAUGAUGCCGCCACGUUGCAUGAUGCCAUUUUAUUAUGGUGGUACCUUAAAGGAUAAAGAGGUCAACUUAGAGCAGGUUCAUCGUCGGAUGAACAGUCUAAUGGAUGAAGAUAUAGCCCAUAAGCAGCUCUCGGCUGCAUCAAUUGAGAUAUCAGCACUGGAGAUUGGCAGCAUGCAAACCAGCCAGAGCCUGGAGCCUGUGCGAGACUACCAGAACACUCAAAUCUCGGUCAGCACAUUUUUACCUGAACAGACUCACAACACGAGCAGGAACAUGCCCUCUUCAGGCAGCACCAACCUCUCUCUGCCUCUCAGCAGUUCUGCUACGCUGCCCUCUAUACAGUGCAAACAUAGGUCACCAAACGGAGGACUCUUCCGCCAAAGCCCCAUCAAAACACCAAUCCCCAUGUCCUUUCAACCUGGAUCUCUCCCGGAAGGUAUCGAACCCUCCCACGGGACCUCCAUAUAACACCCAGCGCCGCAUGGCAACAUUUUUAAUAAAAAAAUUUACAAACAAAGUCUAGGAUUUUCAUGUAAAUACUUGUAAAUAAUUCAAGAAUGAAGUGGGGUAAAGUGUAUUUUGAUUAUUCUCAAUUUUUGAAGUCAGUAAAUCAUGUAUGAAUGGCUUUGUAAAUUUUGUUCUAUACAAAUAAAAAGCAAAUU